AUGGCUCGGAACUAUAAGUACUUAGCGAUGAAUAACUGUAUUAAAGAAAUUAUCUCUCUAUGUUCCUUAAAAUCUCUGCUGCUGAAUAGUGACUGCGUAAAAGAAAACAAACUGUAUCACAUUGUUCUUUCCAACGCCGUUGAACCGUUAUUCAGCGAUGAACUAUUGACAAAAGAGAGUAAAACAUGUUUAAAAAACUUAACUAAAAUUGGUUUACUGUACGAUACUGUGUACUGUCGACUGCACACGGGCCAAUGGAACGAAGUUGAACAAACGGAAAGGGAAAUGUUUACAAUUCUAUCCUACAUUAGGAUCUUGUACGCCUUAAUUAUUUGUGAAGCGUCUGAAGAGUCAAUUAAAGAUGGUAUAUAUUUGGCAGAUCUAGGGCUUAUGCUUGGAGCUACUGUUACAACAAGGCACAACAAUGUCGAAACGGAUCUGCUUUCCACAACGGCUACGAUACUAACCGAACAAUUGUCUAAAACAAGCAUCACACAACCUCCCCUGAAACGGAUCAAGCUGGAUAAACAUAUACACGAAGAGGGCAGCAACGAUAUUAACACGUUGCCCGUGUUAGAAAGUCCUUCUUUGGAAUGUUUUGGAAUGCAUUACUACGACAAGCAACAGCCUGCGCUGUUCAAAGGAAUAAUUGACGACUGGCCGGCAAUGGAGCGAUGGCAUGAUCCAAACUACUUGCUUUCUGUCGCAGGCGAGCGUACCGUUCCGAUUGAACUCGGUUCGCAAUACAGCAGUGACGAUUGGUCGCAAAAGCUGAUGAAAUUUCGAGAGUUCGUUGAGCAAAACAUCUGUGACAACCCGGGCACGUCUGCGACGAUUGGUCACCCUGCUGCAUAUCUAGCGCAGCACGAUUUGUUCGAUCAAAUUCCGGCCCUUCGACGCGACAUAGUCGUGCCGGAUUAUAUCGGCCGAACGGACAUCUCUCCUCGCAUCAAGGCAUGGCUCGGUCCGGAAGGUACCAUCUCGCCAUUGCACACGGACCCGUGCCAUAAUCUUCUGUGUCAGGUUUUCGGCGCUAAAACCGUCAUACUCGCUCGCCCGGAAGACACCGACAAGCUGUACCCGCACGAUCACUUCGUACUGCACAACACGUCGCAAGUGGACGCCCGGCGGCCGGACUACGAAAAGUUUCCGCUGAUGCGUGAGGUGUCGUUCCACCGGGUGACGCUGCGCCGGGGCGACGUGCUGUACAUCCCGCCAAAGUGGUGGCACUACGUGGAGUCACUGUCACCGAGCUUUUCUGUUAGCUUUUGGUUUGAAUGA